GAAGUAAAUACUUCCGUGGAGGUCUUCGAGCCGAAGCAGCGGUAGUUGAGUGUGUAGAAGAUUCUCUUACGUUCAAUUUUAGGCUUAUUUAACUCCAAUAAUGCCGUAUGCUAACCAACCGACGGUGAAAAUCACAGAACUGACAGACGAAAAUGUCAAAUUUGUCAUUGAAAACACUGAUUUGGCGGUUGCAAACUCCAUCCGCCGUGUCUUCAUGUCAGAAGUUGCCACUAUAGCAAUUGACUGGAUCCAGAUUGACGCCAAUUCAUCAGUGCUGCAUGAUGAGUUCAUUGCACACAGAGUUGGUCUCAUACCUCUCACAAGUGAUGACAUUGUGGACAAAAUGCAGUAUUCUAGGGACUGCACCUGUGAUGACUUUUGUCCAGAGUGUUCUGUUGAGUUGACGCUGGAUGUUCGAUGUACCGAGGACCAGACACGUCAUGUUACCUCACGCGACCUUUUGUCCAACAACCCCAGAGUCAUCCCAGUGACUUCCAGAAGUCGAGACAAUGAUCCCAACGACUAUGUUGAACAAGAUGACAUUUUACUGGUGAAGCUUCGUAAAGGUCAGGAACUGCGGCUCAGGGCAUACGCCAAGAAAGGCUUUGGUAAGGAGCACGCCAAAUGGAACCCCACAGCGGGGGUUUCCUUUGAGUACGACCCUGACAACGCACUGAGACACACAGUCUACCCACGACCCGAGGAGUGGCCAAAGAGUGAAUACUCAGAGAUUGAAGAGGAUGAGGUUCAGGCUCCUUAUGACCCCAAUGGAAAGCCAGAAAGGUUCUAUUACAACGUGGAGUCAUGUGGCUCUCUGCGACCGGAGACCAUCGUCAUGUCAGCACUGGCUGUCCUGAAGAAGAAGCUGAGCGACCUGCAGACUCAGCUGAGCCAUGAGAUCCAGAGCGACGUGCUCACCAUCAACUGAGGACGUUCCUCAACAGACCUGCAUUUACACAGCUUUGUAAUAACCAGAGGGCUGACUGAGCAUUGUUUAGGUCACAAUUACGGUUUAUGGAAGAAGUUGUAAAAACUAUUAUGUUAAAUGUUUCAUCAUUUGAAACCAACAUAAUUACUGUGAGACUUCCAUGUACAAAAUGACUGUUUACCUGGAUGUGUGUUCUUGAAAUGAUUUCAGCUCCCUGCAGUGAUUGUAACCUAAGCUGUAUGUGUGUGUGUUAAACCAUGCAAUGCAAGGUUAGUGUCUCGAAGGGAUUUUGUCUCAGAAUGAUGUAAAUUUGGUUUUCCGGUUGGAAGUGUGACACUUACACUGUUAGAUUAUUAUUUUGUUAAAUGUUACUUUUUAAAUAAAUCUGCCUUUGGAAACUUUGUGA